UCACGAAAGCCACGACAAGGUGGGGUUGGUAAGUGCAUGCACCCUAUUCGAUCCCUUCAUAAAUAGAGAUAACCCCCCUUUCCCAAUUCUUGAGUUCCAAUGGCUAGAAUUAUCCUUCCCUGCAUCCUGGCUUCCCAAGUCGUCAUUGUCUUCUUCAUCUGUUCCUUCUCCACAAAUUUAGCCACCGGAGAAGAUCUAGGCUUUGUAAGAAGCCUAGACCGGAAACUACUCGGGUUCAAGAAAGAAAAGUUUAGCCACUUUCGCUUCUACUGGCAUGACAUCCUCAGUGGCCGGAAUCCCACUGCUGUUCCGGUGGUGCCACCGUCCUCCAACACGUCGACAGCCUUUGGUUUAGUAAACAUGAUUGAUGACCCUUUAACCUUGGGACCCAAAUUGAGCUCCAAAUUGGUAGGAAGGGCACAAGGAUUCUAUGCCUCAGCUUCUCAACAAGACCUUGGUCUCUUAAUGGUUAUGAACUUUGCAUUUAUGGAGGGAAAGUAUAACGGUAGCACCAUCACCGUGCUGGGGAGGAACUCGGUGUUGAAUGCAGUGAGGGAGAUGCCAGUGGUCGGAGGCAGCGGGCUUUUCCGGUUUGCUAGGGGCUAUGUUCAGGCCAGGACUCAUAUCCUUGAUUUCAAGACAGGAGAUGCCACCGUCGAGUACAAUGUUUAUGUGUUUCAUUAUUGAUGAUCAUGAUCUGUCUCCACCUUUUUGUACGCGGUUAUCUUUUUUUCAAUUAUACUGCUCGUUGAUCAAGGUGAUGACUCUCUCUUAUGUCGGCCACUUUUGAUUAUUUUAAGCUCAUGUCACAGUGGGGUUGGUUUUUGAGUUAUUUGUAUUUCAUGUUGUGAGUAAUUAUUUUCCUCGAUC